AUGGCGCCGCCAACUCAUUUCACACUCAAUACGGGCGCGAAGAUUCCGGCUGUUGGUCUCGGAACCUGGCAGUCCAAGCCCGGCGAGGUUCAACAAGCGGUGGCAUUCGCGCUCAAGGAUGGAUAUCGUCACAUAGACGCAGCAUUAGUUUAUGGCAAUGAGGCCGAAGUUGGUCAGGGCAUCAAGGAUAGCGGGGUGCCUCGCGAAGAAAUCUUUCUCACCAGUAAGGUCUGGAACAGCCAUCAGCCUAAUGUUAAAGAAGGUCUGCAGAAGAGUCUCGACGCUCUGGGGGUAGACUAUCUUGAUCUCUAUCUUGUUCACUGGCCUGUUCGAUUGGUACCGAACGAGACGGGAGAGCUUUUCCCUUUAAACCCCGACGGAACGCGAGCGGUCGAUCGAUCAUGGGAUCAGAGUGAGACUUGGCGGCAGAUGGAAGAAAUCUACAAGUCUGGAAAGGUCAAGGCUAUUGGUGUAUCAAAUUGGUCAAUCCCAUAUCUGGAAGAGCUUCGCAAGACGUGGACGAUCGUCCCAGCCGUGAACCAGGUCGAGUUGCACCCUUAUCUCCCUCAACAUGAACUCCGAGAAUACUGCGAAAAGCUCGGGAUCCUUCUCCAAGCCUAUUCACCUCUUGGUUCCACUGGUGCGCCCAUAAUGACCGACCCCGAUAUCCAGAAAAUUGCCGACAAGAAUGGUGUCUCGGCCGCCACGAUCCUCAUCAGCUACCAUGUCAACAAGGGCGUGGUAGUACUGCCCAAGUCUGUCAUCGAGAAACGCAUAUCCUCAAACAAAGACGUUAUUUCGCUUUCUAAAGAGGAUCUCGAUGUGCUUGAUCAAUUAGCUGCUAGUGGCAAAGCGAAGCGAUUGAACACGCCUCUAUGGGGCUUCGAUCUCGGUUUUGCUGAUUGGUAUGGCCCCGUAAAGUCACGGUAA